GCGAGAUAUCAUAGGAACUUCAACCCGCCACUCUUGGUUUUUCGUGCCGCAGGUCUUUGAGAGGUUUUUGCAGUACUUAUGCAUAUGUCUUCUAUGAGUUAAUUCAUUACUACAUUUUGAUGUAUCCGUCGAGACUUUCAUCAUCUUCUCAAGGCAACCAACACCCAAAGUUCUCCGUUCAGGAAGCUUGUGACAAAAUAAAGGAUGAGCUUUUGAGUUUACAGGCACAGUAUCACAGUCUGAAGUGUGAAUAUGAAAAGGUGGUCCAAGAAAAGUCUGAUUUGCAACGGCAUUAUCUACUUUAUUAUGAAAUAACUUAUGGCCUUAAUGUUGAAAUGCACAAACAAAUGGAGAUUGCGAAGCGGCUCAAUGCUAUCUUGGUGCAGGUUAUUCCAUUUCUGUCUCAAGAGCACCAAUCUCAGGUCGCUGCAGCAGUUGAUCGUGCGAAACAAGUUACUUUGUCGGAACUUAGUAGCAUUAUUGGGCCUCAACUGGAUGAGUCCAAGGGUCCUAAAUUCCUUAAUGGGGGUCUCGGGUCAUCAUUUGAUCAAAUGGACUUUUUCAAGACAAUGCAACAGCAACAAUUACUGAUGAAUCCGGGAUCUGGAGGUUUAAAUAAUCCAUUUCCACACAAUCUUGUCCCACCAUCAUUAGGACAAUUACCACCAGAUAACUCAGUUCUAUCCAUAAGUGGCUCCAGAGGAGGUUCUCAAACCACCACAUCUUUAACUAGUCUGAGUGGAUUCACUGGACCACCAUCCACUGGAAUUAAUAGUUUAAGUGGUGGAAUCCCAUCUAUGAACAGUAAUACUUCUAAUAAUAUGCUUCUACCUCCCAAUCCUUUCCUACCACAAAUGACCAGUUCAGUAACACCUCCUACCAACAGUAAUGCUGUAGGUAAUUCCAGCAUUCCUGGUGUUCAGUCAUCUCUUCCUGGAAUCCCUGGGCCUAAUAAUCCAGCUUUCCUUUCCGGUCUCGCGCAGUCUCACCCAGCAGUAGCAGCAGCUAUGGCUGCUGUAGCUGCUGCAGGCUUCCCCCCAGGGAACACAAACCCUUCAAUGAACCCUUUAUCCGGUGGUCUCCUCAACAACAGUAAUCAUCCGUACUCUCAGAUUCCUGCUCAUAUUAAUAAUAUGCCAACUUCCUUUUCAUCUGGGACCACCAAUUGUCUGACAGGUGGGUCGAUUCCACCAUCGGUAUCUUCUAAUACAUCCACUUUGGCGAACACUCCAUAUCAUGGCUCUUCUGGUUCUGCAGCGCAUACUCCCUUUUCAUCCACGUCAACAUCGCUUUCCAAUCCUAAUGCUCCAAGACCUAUGAUGUUCCCAUUGGAUGGAGUAACUGGACAAACUCCAUUUCCUCCAAUGAUAUCUCCAGCUGCCCUGUCUGCCAUUAUCAGUGACAAAAAUCUAGAUGAGAAACAGAGGACAGCAGCUGCUGCUGCUAUGGCUGCAGCUAUGGCUGCCGCUGCUGCUGCUUCACAAGGUGGUCCACCAGGAGCUUUUGGCCUUCCAUUAAAUUUUGCAUCUGGUGGUAUGGGUAGUGGUGGUAGUUUACCUGGGUCAUCACCAAUGGAUGCACAUAAUUUAAUGGCGACAAUGGCUAGUUUUGCUGCUGCUCAGUCUGUUGCAGCGGCAGGCAUCAAUCCAGAUAUGCAAGAUGGACCGAAUUCAAACUUAUCAUUACCUUCAGGUCUUUUUGGUGGUGUUAAUCAUGAUAUGCCUGGAUUAGCUCCACAUCAUUUGUUACCGCCUCCAUCAUCAACAUUUUCUAACUCAGGAUCUGUCUUAGCACCAUCGAAAAGUUCAACACCUGUACCCAGUAUUAAUUCUUGUCCAAGUCGUCAGCGUGCUAAUUCUCGAUCUCCAGGAUUACUUGAUGUACAUUCUAUUCCACCAGAUGAAAAACGUCGUAAAACUGAACGAUCCACUUCAGAAGACAAAUGCAGUGGGAUUGGUAAUAAUACUUUGGAGGAAAAUGGUCUGAUUCGUGUGAAAAGCUCAAAUUCUUCUGGUCGGCGCACUCCAUCAACAAAGCAUAAUGGUGGAAGUGGUCAAAAUUCUGUUGUUUUAAAGAAUCACUCUGCUGGCAAUGGUUUGUCUGUAUCACAUGUUGAUGCUAAUCAUACUAAUAACAGUUCACAAAAAGACACUUCAUUUGAAUUAGACCAUAAGGAAACCGAUGAAAAACCACCAUUUUUAACUGCAGCUACUAAUAUUACAAGUAAUGGUGGUGGUACAUCGAGUUGUACCGUUUCACCAGAUCAACAACCACAUACUUCUGGAGGACUAUCAUCUGACGUGACUGGAGCAUUUCAUAAACAACAUAGUACACCCAAUAUAAAACCAUGCUUAUCGCCUGCAGCUAUCACAACCAAUGUACCAAAUUCUUGUAGAAUGAGUUCAAUCCCCUUGGGAAGUGGGGAAUUAUCAGUGCCUAGUCCAUUGUCGUCAAUAGCUACUGCUAGUGGAGUUAAUUUACCUGGAGUUGGUGCUGUAUCUCUUUCUCCUCCUCAUCUUACUUCGGAUGCAUCAACACCUAAUCCUGAAGCUUAUUCAACUCCGUCUAGUCAGCAGAAUUCUCUCACUCCCGCAGCAUCAACAACUACGUCAUCAUCUAUGAUGUUCGACACAGCCUAUGGUAACUCUGGCAUGAGUGGAAUUUCCAAUCUUGGAAGACCACCAUAUUCAUUUCUUCGGCUAGACAAUCAAUCACCUACUCCAGUACCAUUUACUCCAGAUGCUUUCUUUGGUCCAGGUAUCCCUCAUCAAGCAAAAUCAAUUCAAUGUUUAGACCAUGGAGAAGUAGUUUGUGCUGUCACUAUCAAUAAUGCUACAAAUCAAAUUUAUACAGGUGGUAAAGGUACUGUUAAACUUUGGGAUUUAAAUUCAACUACAUCUGGUUUAUCACCUAAUUGUGGUGGUGGAUCUAAUCAAUCAAAUAUUACAAAACAAUGUAUAACAAGUCUUGAAUGCUUACAACGCGAUAAAUAUAUUCGAUCUAUUAAAUUAACUCAGGAUGGGAAGACAUUGGUUGUAGGUGGAGAGUCUAGUACACUCAGCAUAUGGGAUUUAGGUCAGGCUAGUCCUCAUCCCAAAAGUGAACUAACAUUUGCUGCUCCUGCAUGUUAUGCUUUGGCUGUAUCUCCUGACAGUAAACUUUGUUUCAGUUGUUAUUCAAACGGUAAUAUUGGCGUCUGGGAUAUACACAAUCGUAUUUUAAUUCGUCAGUAUCAAGGACAUGCUGAAGGUGCAUCUUGUGUUGAUAUUCGUCCAGAUGGAACACGAUUAUGGAGUGGUGGUUUAGAUAAAACCGUACGUUGUUGGGAUUUACGUGAAAAUUGUCAAAUAAGUCAAGUUGACUUAUCAGCUCAAAUAUUUUCACUUGGUUAUUGUCCUACUGGAGAUUGGUUAGCUGUUGGAUUAGAAACGGAUCAAGUGGAAGUAUUUGGUCCUGGUCGUCCAGAACGUUACCAAUUAUCAUUACAUGAAAGUUGUGUCUUAUCUCUUAAAUUUGCCCACAGUGGUUUAUGGUUUGCUUCUACAGGUAAAGAUCAUUGCUUGUAUGCAUGGAGAACUCCUUAUGGAGCAAAUCUGUUCCAGGUCAAAGAAAACUCGUCUGUGUUGAGUUGCGAUAUAUCACUAGAUGACAAGCUCUUAGUCACUGGAUCGGGUGAUCGUAAAGCUACUGUCUAUGAAAUAAUCUACUAAUCUUAUUUAUACACUUACCUUUUCUUCUUUUUUGCUUUGUUUUUAUUACUGGGUGUUAUUUUGACUGCAGUAACAUCACGAUGGUACAUAGCACAACACACACACACACACUCGCAUACACAACACAUGAUAUUCGGCAGACAAACAUCCGAGUAUUUUCUAGUCAAAUAAUGAAUAGUAGUAAAAAAAAAGUUAUAUUAAUUACUAUUACUUUUUAUAUACUGUUAUGUCAUUUGUGUUGAUGUUUUUUUUCGUGUUUUGGAUGAGACAAAAAUUUAUGAAUUUUCUCUUAUCAUCACUUUUAAUCGUUCUUUUCUUCUUCUAUAAUUCGCCUUCCCUUCUUUCUUUUUUGUUUCUCUCCAUACCUGCUCAUUACUUCUACAUACAUAUUGUGUUACCAUUAGUAGGUUGUUCUGUAACUCCACUCCACCCGACUUCACUUCACACUCGACUUGUGUUCUCAAAAUUUCAAUUUUAUGCUUUUCUGUCAUAUCUUCUUGCUUCAUUUUAUUUUACACUAGAUUUGUCUUCGGAAUUGGGACGUAGAAAAAAGCACUGUGUGUGUGUGUGUAUGUAUGUAUCACUUAAUGAUAUUCUAAACUUAUUGUGUACUACUAAACAAUUUUUUUCCUGUGUAUAGGAUCAUAUAUAUAUGCAUACAUAAUGACUUGUACUUACUUACUUGUGAAUGUCAUUCAUUCUACCGUCCAGUCUUGACGAUUCUCUUUUUCCAUCCUUUGCUUUCACUUUAUCGAAGACGUAUCAGUUUCUGUUUCCUUUUUUAUUCCCUUUGAUUUUUAUUGUCUUGAAUGCAUUUUCAUUAUCAAUCUUCCUCUGUUUAUAUAUAUA